ACCACUUCUUUUCCACCCCUGGCCCCCACCACGUAAAAAGCUCGCUCUCUGGCAUGCUCUCGCUCUUGAUCUCGCGAGCGAGGAGUUCAUGAGUUCAUUAAGAUGUUCCAUUUGCACCCAUCAUCUUCCUCGAUCUUCUUAGUACCAUUUUCCUCCUCCAUUUCUCGAUUAAUACUCAUAGAAUACCGAAACGCUCCAAUUCAUCUCCUUUUAUUCCGGUUAUGAAUCACUUGUAAGGAGGUAGAGAUAAAGAGGAUCCAGCAUCGAUAACUAGAGCUCGUAUUAGGGUUUACCAUGGAUCAAUAUCGUGAGUGCUUGUAGUUGAUGCCCCAAUAUGGGCCAAGAAGAGCCGAGCUGCGACGGGGAAGUGGAGGUGUUGGAGAGCAACAUCGAUUCGAACCCAAACCCUAAUCUGACUUUGGUUAUCAUGCAUUCAGAGGCAGUGGAUGCCAAAGAAGAUGAAAGGGAAAAUCCGGCGGCCAUGGAUGAGAAGGUCGGCGUGAUGGUGGAUGCAGCUUGUAAGGAUUUUUUGUCGAGGAGUGAGAGUGAUCGGGAAGAGUGCAGAGUUUGUCAACAACAAACAGAAGAACUUCUGAUCGAUCUCGGAUGCGGAUGCCGAGGCGAGCUGUCAAAAACACACAAAUCUUGCAUUAUGAAAUGGUUUCGCACUAGAGGCUCAAACAAAUGCGAGAUAUGCCAGAAAGUGGCGGCAAAUGUCUCUUUUCCAGACUCCCAGCCAAGUGCAAAUUAUUGUGUAUGGAGAGUUGAGUCAGCGCAUGGAGCUGCAAAUGUUGGACAAGGAGUACGCGCCAGGGGAUGCAUUACUCCUCUCUGGGUUGCAUUUGCUGUCCUGAUUGGAGGACUUCUACUGGAUGUGCUACUGUCAAUUUUGCUUGGUGUUUCUGCGCUUCCUGUAAACAUUAUUAUUGGUGUGCUUAUCGUAUUGGGAUUAGGAACUGCGUUUCGGCUUGCAUUGGAAUGCUGCCAUGAAUGGGGCACAAGGAGACACGGGCAGGGGGUGGAUGCUGACAUUACUACUGGUUUCCAUCCUGCCGUUUAACUAGCUCCCUCCCUGCAUAUCAAUAGCAUCAUAUAGAAUUUAAUUAUGAAAGCCAUUUCAUUUUUUCAAACUUUUAGCUGAUAGAAAGUUUUACUUCUGCAAAUGAUUGGGUAGACUGCACAUGGUGAUAUUAGUUCAGUAGAAUGUGCUUAUUAUUGUUGUUACCAAUACAUUGUCCAGAUCUUUCUGCCAGCUUGUCCCUUCAGUUUCUAAUAAAGGGCUCUAUUAGUACUUUUCCAUCA